AUGCAGCAGUCAGUGCCGGCUGUGAGCAGCGCACUGCCCCCCGGCACUCCCAGCAGCGCCCUCACCCCCCCCGCCCUGCCCGGUGGCUCCUUCAGCUGCUCCACCCGCAGCAACGACUGCUGCCUUGACCGUGUUGACUGUGUUGACUGGAGCAGCGGCGGGCCGGUGGGCAAGCAGGGCGAGGAGGAGAGGGUGCGGCCGGAGGGCGUGGUGGUGGUGGUGGUGAAGGGCGGCAGUGGCAGCAGGUGUGGGCGGGAUUGCAGAGCGCAUCCGUACCUGGUGGCACCGUACCUUGUGGCACCGUACCUUGUGGCACCGUACCUUGUGGCACCGUACCUUGUGGCACCGUACCUGGUGGCACCGUACCUGGUGGCACCGUACCUGGUGGCACCGUACCUGGUGGCACCGUACCUGGUGGCACCGUACCUUGCGGCACCGUACCUUGUGGCACCGUACCUUGUGGCACCGUACCUGGUGGCACCGUACCUGGUGGCACCGUACCUGGUGGCACCGUACCUGGUGGCACCGGACCUGGUGGCACCGGACCUGGUGGCACCGUACCUGGUGGCACCGUACCUGGUGGCACCGUACCUGGUGGCACCGUACCUGGUGGCACCGUACCUGGUGGCACCGUACCUUGUGGCACCGUACCUGGUGGCACCGUACCUGGUGGCACCGUACCUGGUGGCACCGUACCUGGUGGCACCGUACCUGGUGGCACCGUACCUGGUGGCACCGUACCUGGUGGCACCGUACCUUGUGGCACCGUACCUGGUGGCACCGUACCUGGUGGCACCGUACCUGGUGGCACCGUACCUGGUGGCACCGUACCUGGUGGCACCGUACCUGGUGGCACCGUACCUGGUGGCACCGUACCUUGUGGCACCGUACCUGGUGGCACCGUACCUGGUGGCACCGUACCUGGUGGCACCUUACCUGGUGGCACCGUACCUGGUGGCACCGUACCUGGUGGCACCGUACCUGGUGGCACCGUACCUGGUGGCACCGUACCUUGUGGCACCGUACCUGGUGGCACCGUACCUGGUGGCACCGUACCUGGUGGCACCGUACCUGGUGGCACCGUACCUGGUGGCACCGUACCUGGUGGCACCGUACCUUGUGGCACCGUACCUGGUGGCACCGUACCUGGUGGCACCGUACCUUGUGGCACCGUACCUGGUGGCACCGUACCUGGUGGCACCGUACCUGGUGGCACCGUACCUGGUGGCACCGUACCUGGUGGCACCGUACCUGGUGGCACCGUACCUGGUGGCACCGUACCUUGUGGCACCGUACCUGGUGGCACCGUACCUGGUGGCACCGUACCUGGUGGCACCGUACCUGGUGGCACCGUACCUGGUGGCACCGUACCUGGUGGCACCGUACCUGGUGGCACCGUACCUUGUGGCACCGUACCUGGUGGCACCGUACCUGGUGGCACCGUACCUGGUGGCACCUUACCUGGUGGCACCGUACCUGGUGGCACCGUACCUGGUGGCACCGUACCUGGUGGCACCGUACCUGGUGGCACCGUACCUUGUGGCACCGUACCUGGUGGCACCGUACCUGGUGGCACCGUACCUGGUGGCACCGUACCUGGUGGCACCGUACCUGGUGGCACCGUACCUGGUGGCACCGUACCUUGUGGCACCGUACCUGGUGGCACCGUACCUGGUGGCACCGUACCUUGUGGCACCGUACCUGGUGGCACCGUACCUGGUGGCACCGUACCUGGUGGCACCGUACCUGGUGGCACCGUACCUGGUGGCACCGUACCUGGUGGCACUGCCCAGUGUCGGCACUCCACAGCCCCACCUCGUCCCUGCCACUCGCCACAUACACCAGAGGCCGCGACGCCCCCCCCACUGCUCCCCCUGCACCCGCUGCUGCUGCCGCACCCUCUGCAGCCCCCGCUGCCCCCUUUGA